AUGACGAAGGAUGAAGUAGUCAUUCCCCCUGGUCUUAGGGAGCUAUUACUGGACUUGACUGUGUCUAUACUGCGGGAACGUCCUGAUAACUUAAUUCAGUUUGCUAUUGAUUUCUUGACAAUGAAGAAGGUAGCAGCAGAAAAUCGUUCUAACAAGACAGGUGACAGUGACGAUGAUGACGAUGGAGAACCCAUGCCUACACCUCCACAACGGGCAACACGAAGAGCUGGUGUAGCUGCUGAAAGUUAUGAUCCAGAAAAGGAUGACAGUUCAACUGCUGUGAAAGUAGUGCAUCCGAAAACAGAAGAACAGCGACAGAGGUUAACACAAGCCACUAAGGAUAUUUUACUCUUCCGAUCUCUUGAUGAUGAACAGAUGAAGGAUGUAAUUGAUGCCAUGUUCGAGCGUCAUGUAUUACCUGGAGAAAAGGUAAUCACUUUGGGCGAAGACGGUGAUAACUUUUAUGUAAUUGAAAAAGGAGUUUAUGAUAUCAUUGUAAAAGUUGGGGAUGAAGAGAAGACUGUUGGAAAGUAUGACAAUAAAGGAUCAUUCGGUGAACUGGCACUCAUGUACAACACACCACGUGCUGCAACCAUUCUGGCAAAGACUGAAGGUGUAGUUUGGGCAAUGACACGUGAAGUGUUUCGAUCCAUUGUAUUGAAAAAAGCAUUUGAAAAACGUCGACUAUAUGAAGAACUUCUCAAUCAGGUACCAAUUUUAGAAAGUCUCAGUGCUUAUGAACGUAUGAGUAUUGCUGAUGCAUUGAGAACAAAAAUUUUUGAAGCUGGUGAACAGAUCAUUCAACAAGGUGAUCCAGGUGAUGAAAUGUUCUUUGUUGAAGAAGGUAAAGUCCGCAUUAAAAUGAAAAGAACCGGAGAAAUGGAAGAAAAAGAAGUUGCUGUCAUUGAAAAAGGUGGUUACUUUGGUGAACUCGCCUUAUUGACAAGUCAUCCACGCGCUGCUUCAGCUUAUGCUGAUUGUCGUACUAAACUUGCUGUUCUUGAUGUUGGCAGUUUUGAACGUCUACUUGGUCCGUGUUUAGAUAUACUUCGAAGGAAUAUUGAUGAUUAUGAGGCAAAAUUACAGAGUAUCUUUGGUAGCUUGGACAAGGUACCUGAACUACGACGUUAA